CAAAUCUUGAUUUCAAUGGCACUUGAGAUACGAGUAUAUUUAAAAUCGUUCAUCAUAGCACCAUAGCGUGACCUCCUACUCUUUGUAUAAAAAAAACUAGUUUUUCAACUAUGUUUUGAAAACAUUUCACAUCGAGUUUUUGACUGAAACUUUUCAUGACGAAUAGAACGGAUAUGAGUCAUUAAUUUAUCAACUCGCUGGUUCAUACUUAUCAUUAAUUAUAAAUUUCGACCAAAUAUUUAUUAAAUGUUCGUUAUGUCAUUAUAUCCUCAAACAUCGAAACAAUUGUCGAUUCUCUUUUUCAUUUGUUUUGCUUUGGUAACCUUUACUUACUUGUACUCUGAAAGCAGUGGUACAAACACACUGGAGCAAUUCCAGUUUUACCGUUUUUCAUAUACUUACCAACAUAAAUUGGCUCAAGCAGAUGACAAGAAUCAGAUGCAGAUACUACUUCUGACUUACAUGCGAUCAGGUUCCACAUUGCUUGGUGACGUUUUGAGCAAAAUAGAAAAUUCUUACUAUUUUUAUGAGCCCUUCCGGUUAAUCCAGCAAUAUCUCAACGCAAGCCAAAUUUCUUCUUCAGAUGAACUCUUCAAGAAAAUUACGGACGAUUGGACUGCUAAGUUAUUCAAUUGUAAUUUGAACCAAACAAUUUUCAACGUAACUUUCACCCAGAAUAUCACAACAAAGUUUUCGAGAUUUCUAACAGAAGGUAUGCUUAGUCAUUCAGGUAUUUCUAAUCCGUGGAUUGAUCAAUUCAAUCGAAACGACACGAUAGUUCUAAACGAAGAACAAAAAUGCAAAAAAUCGAAUUUUUUAAUUUUAAAAACGAUUCGAGUUUCAAAUUUGGAACGAACAUGGAAAGUAAUGCGCAACUUCAAAAAUAUGAAGAUUAUUCAUUUAUUAAGAGAUCCGCGAGCACGUCAAAAUUCUCAGAAGAAAUUAGGCUUUUAUCAAAAUUCAACCAAAGUUUGCAAAAACUGUGCAAACAAUUUGGAAAUUGCCAGAAAACUUACCAACGAAGACAACAAAUUUGCAAUUAAUUAUUUCGAAUUUAUUUAUGAGAAAUUAGCAGUCGAUUCUAUUUCUUACAUGGAAAAUAUGGUAUCUAACUUCUUGAAAAUUUCAAUUAGUGAAGAACUGAAGAACUUUAUAGCCAAUAUCACGACGGCUUCAACCAGCACCCAAAACGAAAAACUACCCUCUUUUCUUGCAACCAGUCGGAACAUUUCGACAAUUUCGUCCAAAUGGAGAGUUCAACUGAGUGCUGAGCUCAGAAAUGAGACCGAAAAUAAUCCGCUCUGCCAGAAGAUAAUGGAUUUGGUCGGAUAUGAAAACUAGUUUCAUCCGGUUGCAUUAUUAUUUGAAACUGAAAUGCAUACUAAGUUAUUGAUGUAUAUUUUUUAUGUCAUAGUUCCGACUUUCGAUACGAAAGUAACGGAAUAUUUGUG